AUGGGGUCCCGAUCCGCCGGCGCGAUGUUGUGGCUACUGGUGUGCGCGGCGCUCCUGCUAGGCUGCUGCCAGGGGAGGUUCGUGGUGGAGAAGAACAGCCUCAAGGUGACGGCGCCCGACGACCUCAAGGGCACCUACGAGUGCGCCAUUGGCAACUUCGGGGUGCCCCAGUACGGCGGCACCAUGGUCGGCUUCGUCGCCUACCCCAAGGCCAACAGGAAGGCCUGCAAGAGCUUCGACGACUUCGACAUCUCCUACAAGGCCAAGCCGGGGGCGUUCCCCACCUUCUUGCUCGUCGACAGGGGAGAUUGCUACUUUGCAAAGAAGGCAUGGAAUGCACAGAAAGCAGGAGCAGCGGCGAUCCUUGUCGCUGAUGACAAAGACGAACCUCUAAUUACAAUGGACAACCCUGAGGAGAGUGGCAACACGGAUUAUCUAGAGAACAUCACUAUUCCUUCGGCGUUAAUAACCAAGAGCUUUGGGGACAGGCUCAAGAAAGCAAUUGACAAAGGUGACAUGGUUAAUGUGAAUUUGGAUUGGAGGGAGGCCCUGCCUCAUCCUGAUGAGCGUGUUGAGUAUGAAUUUUGGACCAACAGCAAUGAUGAAUGUGGCCCAAAGUGUGAUAGUCAGAUUGAUUUUGUCAAGAGCUUCAAAGGAGCAGCGCAGGUGCUUGAGAAGAAAGGCUAUACGGAGUUCACUCCUCACUACAUCACCUGGUAUUGCCCAGAGGCCUUCAUUCUGAGCAAGCAGUGCAAGUCCCAGUGCAUCAAUCAUGGGAGAUACUGUGCACCUGACCCGGAACAGGAUUUUAGCAAAGGAUAUGAUGGCAAAGAUGUGGUGGUCCAGAACUUGCGCCAAGUUUGUGUCUUUAAGGUUGCUAAGGAGCACAAGAAGCCUUGGUUAUGGUGGGACUAUGUUACUGAUUUUGCGAUUCGGUGCCCAAUGAAGGAAAAGAAGUACACAAAGGAGUGUGCUGAAGGGGUUAUCAAGUCGCUUGGCAUUGAUCAUAAAGCAAUAGAUAAGUGUAUUGGUGAUCCAGAUGCUGAUGAGGAAAACCCUGUUCUGAAAGCUGAACAGGAUGCACAGAUUGGCAAGGGCUCUCGUGGUGAUGUUACCAUCUUACCAACUCUGGUAAUCAACAAUAGACAAUACAGAGGGAAGCUUGACAAAGGAGCAGUUCUUAAAGCACUUUGUGCUGGUUUUAGGGAAACCACUGAGCCAGCUGUUUGCUUGAGUGAAGAUAUACAAACAAAUGAGUGUCUAGAGAACAAUGGCGGUUGUUGGCAAGAUAAGGCUGCGAACAUCACUGCAUGCAAGGAUACCUUCCGUGGAAGAGUUUGCGAGUGUCCAGUUGUGAAAGGAGUAAAAUUUGUUGGUGAUGGCUAUACUCACUGUGAAGCUUCCGGAUCUGGGCGAUGUGAAAUUAACAAUGGAGGAUGCUGGAAGGAUACCAAGAAUGGUCGGACAUACUCUGCCUGUACUGAUGAUGGCUGCAAAUGCCCAGAUGGAUUCAAGGGUGAUGGUAAGCACAAAUGUGAAGAUAUUGAUGAAUGCAAGGAAAAGACUGCAUGUCAAUGCAAAGAAUGCAAAUGCAAAAACACAUGGGGAAGCUAUGAGUGCGGCUGCAGUGGAGGCUUGCUUUACAUGAGGGAGCAUGAUACAUGCAUAAGCAAAAAUGGAGCAUCAGAAGCAGGCUGGGGCUUCUUGUGGGUCGUCUUCUUCGGUCUUGUUGCAGCAGGAAUUGCAGGAUAUGCAGUGUACAAGUACAGGAUCCGGAGAUAUAUGGACUCAGAGAUCCGUGCUAUCAUGGCUCAGUACAUGCCCCUGGACAACCAAGGAGAUGUCCAGAGCCAUUCUCAUCAUAUUGAGAUGUGA